AUGAGUACCGUCGACUUCCACGCCUUCAGCAAUGUGAUUGCGGGAGCUCUCCGAUCGUCUGCCCACCUAGGCCACGGGAUCAAUCCCUCAACCCGCGAGCCCCUCUGGAACGUCCCCAUCGCUACAGCCCAGGACCUGGAGGAUGCUGUCUCUGCAGCCCAAGAGGCCUCGACAAAGUGGUCUUCGACUCCGUGGGAAAAGAGACAGGAUUGUCUAGGCCGGGCAAAAGUCUUGCUCGAGCAGCAUAGGGCGAGCAUUGCUCAGUUGCUGUCUCUUGAAGGCGGAAAACCACCGCAAUUUGGAGAUCUCGAAGUCCAGCACGCUCUCGACUUUUUCAACUUUUACUCCACGUUGCCGCAACCGCAGCCAGAAAUCAUCCAGGACGACGCUGAUCUUCGCCUCACGUUGACCUAUGGCCCCAUCGGCGUCGUGGGAGCUAUCUGCCCAUGGAACUACCCUCUCGUUCUCGCAGUCGGCAAGAUUGUCCCCGCCUUGCUCGCGGGCAACUGCGUCAUCACGAAGCCGUCGCCAUAUACCCCCUACAGCAUCAUCAAGUUUACCGAGAUAAUCCGCCACAUUUUCCCCGCGGGCGUGAUCCAGGCCAUGCACGGAGGCGAUGAUCUGGGGCCGAGGAUGUGUAACCAUCCGGCCAUCCAGAAGAUCAGCUUCACUGGGUCAACAGCCACCGGUAAGAAGAUUAUGGCUAGCGCGAGCUCUGGCCUAAAGAACAUCACUCUUGAGCUAGGAGGUAACAGCGCAAGUAUCAUUUUUCCAGAUGUCGAUAUAGAUAUUGUCGCGCCCCAGGUGGCUCUUGGGUCAUUCUUUAACUCUGGCCAGCUAUGCGUUGCUAGUAAGCGGGUCUAUGUCCAUAAGGAUAUAUAUGAUGCUUUCCUCAGAAAGAUGGUUGAGGUGGUUAAGUCGUGGAAAGUAGGGUCUCCAUCUACGCCUGGUGGCGUGAUGCUGGGGCCUGUGCAGAAUGAGAUGCAAUACAACGUGGUGAGAUCCAUUCUGAGAGAUUCUAUAGACAAGGGAUACAGGUUUGCUCUAGGCGGGCAGCUCCCAGCCGACGCUUCAAGCUUCAUUAUCUCCCCAUCCAUCGUUGACAACCCCCCGGACGAUUCUCUCGUUGUCAAAGCCGAGGCAUUUGGACCUAUCGUUCCGGUUCUGUCCUGGUCAGACGAAGACGAGUUGCUCUCUCGAGUGAAUGACACGACGACCGGCCUUGGAGGAGCUGUCUGGUCGUCCGACAUUGACCGAGCACGCCGAAUCGCCUCUCGCAUCCACGCCGGGACUGUUUGGAUCAACAGUUUUGAAAAACCUCUUCCUCAAGCUUAUCUGGCGGGCCACAAGGAGUCGGGCGUCGGUGGUGAAUGGGGGAGGCACGGCCUCCUGUCUUUUUGCAACCCCCAAAUCUUUCACUACUACAAAAGUCCUGUGGCAUCUAAGCUGUAA